UAUUUUGAUUUUUAAAUCGAACUGAAAUUGUUGAUUUGGAAAAAAAAAAAAAUUCGGAAGCCAUAUUAUCAAGAGCACUUUAGAUAAAGAAUGCCACAGUAGGUGGAACUCCGAAGGUGACAUUAAAGAUGUAUCUGUAGAACACAGAACUUUAUUAGAAUGGCAGUGUAUUUGGGAAAGCGUGAUACAGUUUCCCUACCUGUGAAUUUUUGUCCUUCUCUCCUACGAGGAAAUCGAGGAAGCAUGGAGUCUGUAAUGAGCAUUAAUGGAUCCUGUGAGUCGGGGGAUGAUUACCGGUAUGCCGAGGUGUCCCACCCAGCUCAGAUGUUAGCAGGUAUGCAGACAUUGAGACGGAAUGGUAAGCUUUGUGAUGUUACCUUGUGUGUUGAUGGACGGGAAUUCCCUUGUCAUAGGUGUGUUCUAGCUGCUUUCAGUUCAUACUUUGAUGCCAUGUUUAGCGGUAAUAUGGUAGAAAGCCAGCAAAGCAAGGUUACCAUAAAUGGAAUUGAGUCAUCUAUUUUAGAAAAACUUUUGGACUAUGCAUACACAUCAGAAAUCACUAUAAACAGACAAAAUGUGCAAAGUCUCCUCGCUGCCUCUAACUUGCUGGAGAUCAUUCAAGUCAAAGAAGCUUGCUGUCAUUAUUUAGAACAGAAUAUGGAUGAAACAAAUGCAGUAGGCAUCCACUGUUUUGCUGAAAUCCAUGCUUGUGAUGAACUUCAACUUAAGUCUAAAGACUUUAUCCUGCAAAACUUCACAGCUGUCUCCCAGCACGAGGAAUUCAACAACCUGUCUCAAAGCAAACUGACAGAGCUACUGUCUGAUGAUGAACUGAUUGUGGAUUCUGAGGAGACGGUUUAUGAGGCAGCAAUGCGCUGGCUGGAUCACAGCAGUGAGAGUCGAAUAAGAGAAUUCUACCAUGUGUUAGAGUGUGUCAGAUUACCUAUGAUUAACCCGUACUACCUACACGACUUUGUGGAACAGAAUGAUGUCAUUAAAGCUUGUGAACAAUGUAAGAAAUUGGUGGAUGAAGCUAAGAAUUUCCACCUUCUUCCUGACAGAAGGACUGAAUUCAACAAUAAACGCAUGAGGAUACGUAAAUCAGCAGGUUUUGUGGAGGUGGUGGUGGCUGUGGGAGGAGAGGAUGAUAAGGUGGUGUUGAGGAGUGUGGAGACUUUUGAUCCAAACACACUGACCUGGAAACCACUAGCUUGUCUGCCAUUUGCAAUCAGUAAACAUGGACUUGUGUCUGUUGGUGGAUCCUACCUGUAUCUGGCUGGAGGGGAGUAUCCAGAUGGAAAUGCCAGUCGGAGUGUCUGGAGGUAUGAUCCAUGUCUGGAUACCUGGGAUGAAAUGCAAAGCAUGCAGACUCCAAGAUCUGAGCUAGGACUGGCUAUGCUAGAUGGAUACAUGUAUGCUGUAGGAGGCUGGGACGGGACUAUGAGACUGGAUACUGUAGAACAGUAUAACCUUUACACCAAUGUCUGGUGUUACAUCUCCAAUAUGAAGAUGGCAUUGACCAGUCCAGCUGUGGCCCCAGUGGACGGUUGUCUCUAUGUAACAGGGGGAGCCAUUUUGGAUGAUGGAGAUGGGAUAGAACUUGUCCAGUGUUACAACCCUCGCUCCGAUGUCUGGACAGAGAAGUCCCCCAUGUUGAUUCCACGGUCAGGUUCGGGGGCCUGUGUACUGGAUGGCAUGAUAUACAUCAUAGGUGGAUGGCACGCUUCUACAGAAAACACUAACAAAGUGGAGUGUUAUAAUCCUCGUACCAACCAAUGGAUCCAAAAGGCCUCAUUGUCCGAGCGGAGGUACCGCCCAGGGGUGGCUGUCGUGGGCGGGAAGAUCUACGUGUGUGGGGGAGAAGAGGGAUGGGACAGAUACCAUGACACGAUCGAGUGUUAUGAUCCUGAGUCAGAUAGCUGGGAAAUUAUUGCAGAAAUGCAGUCAAGCAGAAGCUGGUUAAGUUGUGUUGCCAUGGUGAUCAGAAAGGAAAUAAUCAACAAAGAAAGGUCCUCCCCAUUUGGCAACGUCUGAUUGGAUGAGAUCUUUAACAUAGUUAGAAUCAAGUGACAAUAUCUACAAAGUUAGAAUCAUGAGACAAUAUCUACAAAGUUAGAAUCAUGUGACAUUAUCUACAAAGUUAGAAUCAUGUGACAAUUUCUACAAGUCUGAACCUCAUGUGACAGUUUACAAUUAAGGACUGUUUAGAAGGAAGACAUCACAAAUUAUCAGGUAUGAGUAGGGUUGUCGCCCGAGGACAUUUGUGCCUGGGGGUGAUAACCUUAAUCAGACUUGAUAAUUUGUGAUGCCUCCCUUCUAUACAGUCCAUAAUAGUAUUAUCAUCCUGAAGAAUCUAAAUUUGAUAAGAUAGAGUAGAAAAUUUCAGUCAAACUUUAUGUUCUCCUACCCACUGCUCUGAUUCCAUACUUUCAAAAACAUGUCAGCAGACAACUUUGAUGUCACUAUUGGAAUUUAUUGUUUACCAAUCCUGCAUAUAUAGAUCAAUUAUAUACAUGUAUAUGAGUUAUCUUGCUUACAACAUUUUAUUUUCAUCUAAAGGGAGAUAAUACAGUUCUCACCCUGUGCAUGAGGGAGAUAUCAUGAAUUGUCUCCUUGCAUGUGACAUGCUCUUGGCCAAUCAGAUUGACUGUAUUAUUCUGAAGGAUAAUAAUAUCUAUUAUGUUACUGAAUGGGUUGUCUUUCUAACAUCCUUCAUCUAAUUAAUAAAGCAGCAUGAUAAUAGAACAAAAGAUUCCUAUAACUGUUAAAACUUAAACAUUAACCCAUAGUCAGAAAUGUUUAAGUAUCUCAUCAUUUAAGCGUUCCAUGUUAUAGUUACCUUAAAAAUUUAAGAAGAGUGUAAUCAAGGUAUGUUAGUUCAUUGUAUAUAUGUUACUCAUUCUAAAUUUCUGUUGUUUUUUGUUGCUUUUUUUUCAUUUUCACAAUUUCAAAACCUGUAUAAAAUAAUAGUUCAUUGUACAUGUAUAUAUGUUACCCAUUCUAAAUUUCUUGGUUUUUUUUUUUCCAUUUUCACAAUUUCAAAACCUGUAUAAAAUAUGGUUGUUAAAUACAGUGGAGCUGGCCUCCCAAUAUAUUUUGUGUUCAGAGAAAUGCUGGAAAUAAGCUUUUAUUCAAUGUUGUGUGCAAGUACUUAAUCGGAGUUAACUAGAGUUAGCCCCCUUAACACAUCUUUGCUGGACAAAGAAUUCCCACUUAUUGCAAUUUCUUAGAUAUAUGCGUGAUUUAUGCUUGCAUUUAAUCUUUAUUUACAUUUAAUCUGAUGCUGUCAUCAGAAAAAAACCUAUAGUCAAAGAUAUAUUUAAAAAAAUCAAGGGUAGCAAUGAUUGAGCUCUCUAGUCUUGUGUGACAUAAUUGUGUACUGGGGUGAAUAAGUACCCAGUAUAUGUACUGCAUUCUUUUCCUUUGGAAUUACAGCAGUGCACAGAUGUCUCUGCAGUGACAAAUAUUUAUAUAAACAUGUAUAUGUAAUUUAUGUUCUAGUUGCACUGAAAUGUUCUACAAAAUUAAACACACUGCCAGAUAUGUUUUUUUUUUUUUUGAAACACUAAAGUAGUUUACAUUACAUCACCACUAAGGUCACCUGAAUUUUAUUCAUCAUGAAAAUUUAAGAAUUAAAAAAUAACCAAUCUUG